ACCUCAAAAUGUUGUGGGAACCAUCAGGAUGCUGCUGCUUCACUCUCAGGACUGGAAGCCUGGUGAUGGCUUCCUUAGUGAUAUUUUUUGGAACAUGCAGCAUGCUCUAUGUCACUGGGUACCUUGCUACUCAGGACUUAGACAGCAGUUUUCAUGAGAUUUGCAAGGAAGAGGAGGAUAUCCAAGACUGCAUAACAACUAUUAAGAAUGCUAGCUAUGGAAUCAUUGGAACCAGGUUUAUGUUGGACUUCAUUCAAGUGACCUUUAGCAUCCUCCUGAUCCAUGGUGUCCUGAAGAACAAGACUCGUUUCCUGGUGCCCUACAUGAUCAUGGUCUUAGUUGGCAUUUGUAUUCUCAUGUUAACUGCUCUGGCAAUGAUGGGCAUACUGAUCUAUGAGGGCAUUUGGAGGGGAGUGUUCAUUGUUGCCAUUAUUUUCGGGGUUAUCAUCUUCCUCGAAACUUACUUCCUAUUGGUGGUUCGUGCGCUUUAUCUCCAGCUGAAGCGCUCCAAGGGACAGGCUCACGUGAUUCUGACAGAAGACUCAAGUUCGGAAAAUAUAAAAGCUUAAGAGAUCACAACCUGAAUUGGGACAAGUUGUGUCAGAUUACAUAUAUGGACCACGGCUUAGAAUAUGAAAAUGGCUAGAAUAUGUAAGUGGAGGUGAACAGGUCAGCAGAACUAUGGGUGUAGUACAUAAAUUGUAGAUGACGAAGUGAUUUUUCAUAGUAUUUAUUAGAUGUGUGUACCAGAGAGUCUGUCUACUUAUGAUUAUUGUUUUUAGUGAUACUGAAAUGUGAAA